UUUCGAACGUUGUUGGAACAGUUUGAUUUCUGAUACAUGUUCGUCGUGUGGCAGUAGAAACCGAACCUUUCUCGCAAUCGGUAAAACACAUUGGUGAAUUUCGAAUUACAAAUUUAUCAAAUCGAUAGGACUGCAGUGAUUGAUAUUGUUGUGAUUAGUUAUAGAAUUCCAGUGGAUAAUUGAUACGAAACAGUAUUGUGUCGUGCUAAAAAACUGUGCAAUUAUCAUAUUAAUUUUUGAGCCGUGCCACGGCCAAGCAGUGAUCGAUGAGAAUGGGAUCUUCAAAGAGGAAAUCAUCGUUUCGGAUCGAUGAUAUCCUGCAUCAGCAAGCUGAACAACAGCAGAUGAUUUUUCAGCAUCAACAGCAGCUUGUUCAAAACAGUGUACUGAAGCAGCUGACGGACAUGACUACUGCACAGCCCAGUUCUUCAACGCCUUCUUCGACGUCAACCGAAUAUUGUAACAAUGGGCCCAGGUCACCACCAGGAUCACCAGCAUCAGAGCAUCCUGGCCGGGAAUCACCAAAGAAGCCUACUGCAAUGUACCCGAAUCUUUUAGAAUUUCAGAAAAACAACUUUCCCCUGCAUAUGCAAUUUGGAAUGCCUACCUUCAACCCAGCACUAAAUCCAGCACUAAACGCUGCCUAUUUGGAACACUACGCAAGCAUGUUACACAAAGCAUCCCCACGGUUAUUUCCAUUCUAUCCACCUCACUACAGUUACCUCCUUCCACCGUGCGGUUCUAAACGCAAAGGCGGCCAGGUGCGAUUCACCCCUCAGCAGACACAGAGCCUUGAGCGACGAUUUUCCAACCACAAAUACCUCUCACCCGAGGAUCGCAGACAUUUGGCCGUUCAAUUGAAGCUUAGCGAUCGACAGGUUAAGACAUGGUUCCAAAACCGCCGUGCCAAAUGGAGGCGUGCAAACAAUGGAGGCCAAACUUCGGAUUCACCGAUUGAUUUGGGAACAGAAAAUGUGAACAAACCCGUUAACCCCGCAACCGUUACUUCAUCCGCUAGUUCACCCGUAGAUCCGAUGAAGAAAUACUCGAAUGACUAUCGUGCAACCUCGAAUAGUAAACCCGCAGAACAGUACGACUGCAAGAGUUCCGAAAAUUAUUCGGAACAUGAAACCUCUAGCGAGGGUGAGGACAGCAGCUAUGAGGAUGGGGGAGCUUCACCCAUCAAUGUUAUUUAACUAAAAUUUUAUCUACCGAAAUUUAAAUAAAUUAUUCUACUUCUCACGGACA